CAGUUUGAAUUUGGUGGAAGCGGUCGCACGUCCGGUUAGUCCCAGAGCCGCUCCCUCUCCCCUGAAGCAGCCUGGUGUUUCUCAGCCCCUGUUUCGGGACACACAGCCUUCAUCGAAGCGCCAUGGCUCCGGCUAGGAAGGGCGGCAGUCGGGGAGCCAAGACCAACUCGCUACGGAGCCGAAAGCUCGCCUCCUUUCUUAAGGACUUCGAUCGUGAAGUGCAAAUACGAACCAAGCAAAUUCAGUCAGACAGGCAGAACCUCCUCAAGGAGAUGGAUAACCUGUACAACAUCGAGAUCCUGCGACUCCCCAAGGCGCUGCGCGAGAUGAACUGGCUCGACUACUUUGCCCUCGGAGGAAACAAGCGGGCCCUGGAAGAGGCAGCAACAGCUGACCUGGAUAUCACAGAAAUAAACAAACUAACAGCAGAAGCUAUUCAGACACCCCUGAAAUCUGCUAGAACACGAAAGGUAAUGCAAGUGGAUGACAUGAUAAUGGAAGAAGAGGAGGAAGAAAGUAAAAAUAAGAAUCCUCAAACUGCACGAGUUAAAAGGUGUCCUCCAUCCAAGAAGAGAACCCAGUCCAUACAAGGAAAAAGCAAAAAUAAAAGGUCAAGCCAUUGUACCACUGUUACGCCAGCUGUGGGCCGACUGGAGUUGUCUAUGGUGAAACCAACUCCGGGCCUGACACCCAGAUUUGACUCAAGGGUCUUCAAGACCCCAGGCCUACGUACUCCAGCAGCCAGAGAGCGGAUUUACAAUAUUUCCCUGAAUGGCAGCCCUCUUGCCGACAGCAAAGAGAUUUUCCUCACCGUGCCAGUGGGAGGCGGAGAGAGCAUGCGGUUAUUGGCCAGUGACUUGCAGAGGAUUGAUAUCGCGCAGCUGGAUCCAGAGGCGCUGGGAAACAUUAAGAAGCUCUCCAGCCGUCUUGCUCAAAUCUGCAGCAGCAUUCGGACUCACAAAUGAGGGUGCCAUUCCAAGAAGCCAAAAUUGACAGGACAGAUCUUCACUGGGCACUUCUGGGACCCUCAAGGGACCUGUUCUCUUUGGGCUUAUUGUUUGAGUGUGAAGUUCCAGAGCACAAGUGUUCCUCUUGGAGAAUUCAGGAAGCAGGGAGACACUGUUCUUGCUCAGUUAGAUACAACUUUGCUACUGACACCUCCCAACCCAGGUGACAAAGACACUGCCUCUGCGUCCCUGCAGCCCAAACUUCCUGCCAUCCUCCCGGCUGGAUUCUCCUUCCUGCUCUCGGAGCUGCCCCCCUGCCUCCUAGAACUCCACGUCCUCUUUGCCCUACCCUAGCUCCGGUGGGGGCCGCGUGGAGGAGCCUCGCGUCCUCUGGAAGACUGCCUGCUCACCCUCAUCAGAGAGCCCUCUGCAGCUGGUGUUUCCGCUCUGUUUGCUUGAUGCUGGGAACUUUAGGCUCAGAGAGGUGAGCUCCAUGAGAGGGCGGCGCCAGGAAGCUGGGAGGGACUCUGCACAUGGGGCCAGGACCUGUCACAGCAGUGACCCCUGCAGGACACCUCCCCCCUCCCUCGCCCAGCCCUUCCUUCCUCCUGUGCUGGGUACUGACGGGGCCCUGGACUCUUCCACCCGCCAUGACCAGUAGUUUUGUUUCAGGCUGACUUGUGGAAUAGUAUUUUUUAUUUUCCCUGUUUAACAAAGACCAAAAAUUGGUUUGGAGGCAGUUUCCCUGUCUUGCUCCUCUACCUCUCCAGUUAGUGGGAAUCUGGAUAAAGGAAUCCAGGGCUUAGACUAGCCUGGGGUUUUUACAUGACUGGCCGCAGAGGGGCUCUAAGCUCUCCGUGGUCCAGUGGUCCCUUCAGGUUUGUAGACUUCGCAGAAAGCGCUUCUCUCUUAGGUCCACCACGGGAGCGGGUGUAGCUCACCUAGGGGCCUCUGCCCUGGCGCGGGCUGUUAUGUGGGCAACAAGCUCGCUGCAUUCCAGCCAGCACCUCUGCCCCAAAGAACCAUGGCACGUGGUCCAAGAAUGUGGGAGCUGAGUUCCCACCCCAAGCUUGAGAGCGCCGUGUUCCGUGUGUGGCUCUUUGUUGUAUUCUGUUGUAUUCUGCUACAUAACCAUUCUAGUAAUCCAGUCCUGUUCAAGUCGUGUUCUUUCCAAGUUGUUUUAUUCUCUCUUUCCUGAGACUUUUGUACAUAUUGUUUGCCUGAGUAAUGCUAUCUGUAAGCGGAUUUAUUCUAAUCAGAGCUACUGAAAGGUACCUGUUUUCAAUAAAUUGUGGGUUUGCUUUUAAUUGA